AUGUCAGCUACAAGGCGUCUCCAAAAAGAACUCGAAAUACAAUCAAAACAUACAUUAGCAACGACAAAAGAUCCGUUAGAGCGUUUACGUGCAGCAUGCUUGGCUCGAGGAGCACAAGGAAUUAAAGGAUUAUCCAUUUUAUUUCGUAUUAUGGAUGAUGACAAAAGUAAAAAGUUGACCUUCGAUGAAUUCAAAAAAGGUGUUGAAGAAUAUGGUCUGAAUUUUUCAAAAGCUGAAAUUGAAGACCUUUUUCGUAUUAUGGAUAUUGAUCAAAGUGGUCACAUUGAUUAUGAAGAAUUUCUGCGCCGAUUAAGACCACCAAUGAAUAAUUUUCGUCUUGAUUUGAUUGCUAAAGCAUUUGCUAAACUUGAUAAAAAUCAUGAUGGUCAAAUAACUGUUGACGAUUUACGGGGUCUUUAUAUAGUGAAGAAUCAUCCAAAAUAUAUGAAUGGCGAAUGGAGUGAAGACCAGGUAUUGAGACACUUUCUUGAUUGUUUUGAUUAUGGCAAUCAUAAGGAUGGUGUUGUAACACGAGACGAAUUUAUCGAUUAUUAUUCAGGUGUUAGUGCAUCGAUUGAUAAUGACAUGUAUUUCGAUUUAAUGAUGCGAAAUUCAUGGAAAUUAUAA